UGACGUCACCUAGUUACAGUGUUGAUAGCAACCAACCACUCUCAGGGAAUGUAAAAAGUGUGAGCAUCGACACAAACGGAAACAUGGACGAUCAUUCCGCAGAUGAAGGGACAAGGAUGGAGCCUGAAGUGUUAUCUAAUGACACAUUUGAAAUAAAGACAAGCGAUGUGUACAAAGUGGAUGAAAACUUACCAACUCGCUUUAAUAAUCCGGAGUGUUUCAGAGGAUACAGCCAAAAAAUGAUCAACCCUCUGUACCAAACAACAAAUCAAACAUAUGGAAGCAAAAAACCAACAGUUCACGAAAUGCCGACAACCUUUAAAGGAAGUCGUCGGAAGUUUUCAGAGCAUCUUCUGAAAAGUGGCAUGUACAGAGAAAACGGCUUCAACACCGUGCUGGACAAGAGCCGACUCACUGGACCCAAUACGACGACUGCGUUCCACGACAGAAUUAAUUUCCAUUGCUUAUACCACACAGAUGGUAAAUCUCAGUAAAACACAGUCAUCUUUAUUCUGUAUAGAACAAACCAGUCAUGCUAAUUUGAUGCUAGCAGGGGUUUGAUUUUCAAUUUAGAAUUUUCAUUUUGGGUGAUCUAUCCUUUUAAUUGUAUAAAAAUUGAUCCAUUUCAUUUAUAGCCCACUGUGUGAUGGAUUCCAAGACACUUCCUGUUUGACUAUUAAAAAAAAAAACAAAAAAAAAAAAAAAAAAAACACACAACUAAGCCAA